GCCGGGACGCGGGGAGGGGAGGGUGCUGGUUACAGUUUGAUUUCCCCUUCUCAGGUCUCCAGUCAGCGGCGGGGCUUUUCCUCUCUCCGCGGUGUUGAGGAAAAGGAGAGGUCCGAGGCAGAAGGGGGGAUGACAUGCAUGUGUCCGGCCUGCUAACCUCGCUGACGACUCGCGCACUAACCGACAGCCCGCCCUCACAACAUGACGGAUGUACUGUACACUGGUCCGAUCCCGGCCGAGCGAGGGGGCGAGCCGGCCAUGGGGGGAGGUCGCAGCGAGACCUCGGCACUGAGCGGGACGGGAGGGGGGCGGGGCGUGACCCCUACCCAGAAUUCCCAACGGCCCAACGCCUGCUGCUUCUGCUGGUGCUGCUGUUGCAGCUGCUCAUGUCUCACUGUCAGGAAUGAAGAGGAGAGGCGGAGGCGGAGGAGGAGGAAGAGAAUAUCACAGGACACCAAGAUGGAAUCCAUACCAAACUGUGAAGCUUGCACCAAACCCUCGGUGGAAGAGAUCCGGCUCUGGUCUCAGUCCUUCGACAAGCUGAUGAGGAACCCGGCGGGCCGGAAUGUUUUCCGGGAGUUCCUGCGGACGGAGUACAGCGAGGAGAACAUGCUGUUCUGGCUGGCCUGCGAAGACCUCAAACAGGAGAUCAACAAGAGCGCCAUCGAGGAGAAAGCGCGCUCCAUCUAUGAGGACUAUAUUUCCAUAUUGUCGCCAAAAGAGGUGAGUCUGGACGCCCGGGUUCGAGAGGUGAUCAACAGGAAGAUGCAGGACCCGACGCCUCACGCGUUUGAGGACGCCCAGCUGCAGAUCUACACGCUGAUGCACAGGGACUCCUACCCACGAUUCCUCUCCUCCAGCAUCUACAAGUCGCUCAUUCACGGCGGCUCGCGUACCUCCUCUGAAUCGUAGUCCCACACCACCUCCACCUCCUCCUCUGAUCUUACAGGAUUGAUGCCAGACCAUUUCAUUGCCUCUGUCGCGCACUCCCCCCUGUCCAAAACUUUCCAAAAGUUAUCAGACUCCUCCUCAGUUCAUUUCUCCUUUUCUCAGAAUCCAAAAUCUCUCCAAUUACUGCCAAGACUUUCUUCUCUUUUUCUUUUCUCUUCCCCCUUUCCCCCUAACCUUUUAGUACUGUUGCCAAGACCACCCCUCUUCUCCUUUCCCCUCGUUUCGUCUCUUCUCUCCAGCUGACUCCUCUCUUCUGUAUUCCAUCUGUUCUCUCUUUCUUCCUUUUUGCUCUUUUUCCUUUCUUUUCCCCCGAUACAUUCUCUUCUCCUCUCCAGUCUAGUGUCAAGUGUCUUACAAGGCCUUGAAAAACAAGAAAACAACAAAGCAUUAAACUAAGUGUUCAACAUUU